UUUACUACAUGGCUGUACAAAGGGCAUACAACAGUGCUUAGUAUAUGGGGAUGUUUAAGAGGAACAAUUAUGCACCCCAUAGCUUUCCAGAACGUGCGUCGAUGUUUUAGUAAAUGAUCACCAUAAUCUUUACAGGUGUCCAGUCAAAGAUCUUCUUUGGUCCUUGUGUGCAACGAUAGUGCAAAGAGCACCAUGUCCAAAGUGGGGCACACAUACAAUAAUGCACAUUUGCAAUGAACUCCUAUCAUUAUGAUUCAUAGAGAUGUUGAAUCCUUUGCAAGUCACUUGCAUGACAGAUCCCAAUUCACACAUAAGAGGCAAUUAUUGUGCCUGAAAGAGGCACAGGUGGUGCAGGCGAAGGGGAUUGGGUCUCCAAGAACAACUUAAUGAGGUUGCACGGAAAGGAAUUCCCAGUGGGGUUUCUCUUGUGAUCCCAGUUCCAUGUUAUCCGCUGCAGGUGAAACGCAAAAGCUCUUGUUUCUCAGGGCUGAGUCGUCUCAGUCUUCUUGUUGAUCCACACUAGAAACCCCUGGAAAUGUUUGGGGCAACUAUAUUAUGCGUGGCGGCUCUUUGCCUGACUGCGGGACUGGCCAGCGGGGAGAUGCUUGAGAGUAUGAUUUCUCCUUACAGCUAUCACGUCUGUGAGUACCCGGUGACACGGAACGUUUCCAAAGUGGUUGCUUUCCAAACUCCUUACGAAGCAGCAGUGCCCUGUCCUGGGUGGCUCCCCUGGAGACUUUGUUCAAAAACACAUUAUAGGAUGGAAUACCGCACCAUAUUCCUCGCGGAAACCACCAACGUGACCCGGUGCUGCGAGGGAUACGAGAAUGUGGGUCACUAUUGUGCAAAAUCUUUAGAUACAGGUGGUGGAGUCAAUUCAAGACCUGGUAAAUGUUCCACAAUACCUGAGGGAAUGGCAGGACCCAGCUGUGAAUUUGACUCUGACUGUCCUGGACUGCAGAAAUGCUGUGGAUUCUCCCAUGGAUCAUUAUGUGUCCCUCCCGCAGCUCCUGCUCUGGACAGGAACACAAUCAAGUAUUGGUACAAUGGCACCAUCAUCAUAAAAAUGGGAUUUAGUGAGCUCUGCCAUGUGGACCCUGGAUUCUACAAUCACACGAGAUUAUUACAUUCCAUGAUUAGUGGGGCAUUGUGUCCUCUAAACACCUCCAUCCAUCACAUCUCUACAAAGCCUGAUGGAACCUUUGCAGUGAAGUCUCAGAUCCUCAUUGGGAUAAAUGAAUCAGAAUCUCUGCCUAAUAUUUUGGCUACGCUUAACAGCAUUGUGACCCGCAUACCAGAAAUAAUCAGCAUACACCUAGAAGAUAUAAACGAAUGUUUGCACCAGGAGCUUCACCCUUGUCUGCCGGAUGAGCUCUGCACCAAGGAGAAUGGCUCAUAUUACUGCAGCAGAACCAGUACCACUGAACAGAUCAAACCUCCUUUGCACCCAUCUUAUUGGACAACAGAAUCCCCUCUAAUGGCUUCUCAUGAACCAGGACAUGAAAACCUUUCUUCUCGACUCCUUCCACCUCCAGUCGGCAGCAAUGGAACCAGGCUUUUCUGCAACUGCUCAAUGUUUAAGUAUCUCAGAAUCUCCAAUGUCAGCGGCAGUGGAUUUUACAUGGACUGGAGCACAGACUGCCCGGAGAACCAGACGUAUCAUGUACAUGUCUAUACACAGAACGGAUUUAGCAGCAGGCAUGAAAUCAGCCGGUCCCACAUGGAAAUAAGUGGAUUAAUGGCAGGUGACUUGUAUAUGGUCAAUGUCAGCUUCAUGGACUGCAUGGGGCACGUUCACUGGACGGAAGGAAGAGUAAAACACGAUGCACAAAUACUAAAUGUUACACUUAAAAUAACAAACUAUAACUUAACUGAGGCUCUCAGCAACACCAGCUCCACAGAAUAUUUGGACUUUGUAACCAAAUUUGUCCAAGAGACCAAACAGGCGCUAUCCAAGGACUUUGAUCCCACCCAGCUGAUGGUAGAGGUUGAAUCCCUAAAAGCUGGAAGUAUCCUCGUUUAUUUCACUGUAGCUCUCAUUGGCUCCCAGGCGCCACUCAAUCUCUCCCAAUCGUCAUUCUCAUUUAGGAACGAAAGCGGCUCAUUUGUCAUCGACAGCAAAUCUGUUUCUAUAACGGAUUUCAAUGAUUGUUCAUCACCUCUGGAUAACGACUGCCAUGAGAGUGCACAGUGCAUUAACCUUUACCUGUCCUAUACCUGUCAGUGUCUAGAAGAGUUUAUCGACAUUAACCCCAGCCGGCCUGGAAGGAAUUGUGUAGGGAAGAUGGGUUUUGUUGGCCCGCCAUUACUCAAUGCUACACAGCCAGGAACAAUAAAUGAACCAUCUCCUACAAGCUCAGCAGAUACAUCAUUCCAACCGUCAAUCACCUCUGAGCCAUCAUUACUUGUCAUUACUGCAAAUACAAUUACCCCAACCCAUGAAACUGGAGAUAAAGACAUGAGCCAUUCUGUAGAGAACUCCGAUGUUGGGAACAGUACCAGAUCAAUAAUGGAACAACCCAAAAGUGAAAAUGUAACAAACCCAACUGCUGCUUUACCUGAUCCAGUUCCUACUCAGAAUAAGAGCAAGUUGUCUGUCUGGAAUACGACCACCCCCCAUGAUGUCACUCAAUCUUCUACCACUUAUGUCUCAAGCCAAUCAUCAACAGAAAGUCCCACAUCUUCCAUGGUUACCAAUUUGAAAACUCCAAAUGGAACCACCAUGGGCCCUCCUAUGGCGUCUUUUGUACAUACAGAUACCACUGGUACUCCAUUGAUGUCCACCACAUCCAACUCUACCACUAAAGCUGGAACUAUGGAGAUGUCCCAACCACCAGCAAUCCAGGUUCCUGUGCCUGUGCUAUUAAGGGAUGCAAGCACAUUGAUCUGUGACGUGGGGAGGAUUGGGAUCAUCAUCCAAAGGACUUACCUGAAGCAGAAAUUUAUUGAUGAGAGCUCUCUUUAUCUUGGGAAUCCGGAAUGCAAUGUUACCCAGACUAAUGGCACCCAUGUCUUACUGCAGGCAGGAUGGAAUGAGUGUGGUACAGUAGAACACAGUAAUAAAACAAACGUAAUGGUGAAUACUUCCUUGUACCAUAACAUACCGACGUAUCCGUAUCCUACUGCUCGUCAGCUGAGCUCAAUUUUCUGUGUUUUUGCAAAUGAUAUUCUGGCAUCGACCGGAUACACGCCUUCCGGAGGGUUUCUUACCAUCAUUGAAAAACUGGAAGGGGGUGGAACAUUUCUGCCGGAAUUUCAGCUCUUUAGUGGAGACCAACCAAUUUCAGAAAACCUCACAUUCAAUGCGACUGAUAACAUCAAGGUUCAGAUUAGAAUCAAGGCAGAUGACAGCCAACUGAAGGUUGUGAUCAGUGAUUGUUGGGCCACGCCAAGUUGGAAUUCUGAGGAUCCAAUAUCUUUUCCCUUUAUUAAACAAAGCUGUGCUGUGACAGAAACGUCCACCAUCAUCCAUACAAAUGGCAUCUCUAAUAAUGCUACAUUUGAGACAAAGAUCUUUUCAUUUGUUGGGGAUCUUUCCGUUGUGUACAUUCAUUGUCGGCUUCAUGUGUGCAAGGAAACCGAGGGCUCGACCUGUAAACCGAUCUGCGGUGCGAUUUCAGCAAGAAGCAGCUCGCCAAAUAUAUACACAGGCCUUGCUCGAUUAGGGCCCAUACACCAAACUCCACAAUCAUUAAAGGAAGAAACCCCCAAGACGACCAAAAUGGGACCGGGCUACAUUGCUCUUAUUAUUGUAGUUGUCCUUGCCUUUGUGGCAGUUCUGGUGGCCAUUUUCAUCUGCUGGCACGAGAGAAGAACUGGAAAGUACAAGUUCACCUUUAAGUGUCAGGAUGUUGGAUACCAAGUAUUCUCUAACUAGUUAUGUAAAAUUCAGAAUUCAACAUGAGCUGAUGGAUACAGUCUUGUUUAGGAACAAACUGCAUUUUAGUUUUGUGAUGCUUUAAAAAUAUUAAACAAUUCAUCUUAGAAUCUUUUACAAAAGUGUUGGUAGUGGCAUUCUAGGACAACUAGCAAAUGGUCUUUCCCAUUUCACUUAUUUUCUUCUUGUUCUGCAUUUCUCCAGUUUGGUUAGUGUUUAAACUGCUAUUGGGGCGCUAGAGUGGCAAGAACAGCUAGGCAGUGAUUUUGUAAUAGGAUUAGGUAACAUGAAGACCAAUAGAAGAAAGUCCAAAGCACAUGUCUUCAGACCUUUUGUAUUUAGUCCGCCCUUUGCAGGUACACAUUUACUACCCCUUCCCAUAGAUCCAUAACAAGGUCACAGACUUAUAAAACAUGGGCAAGUCCACAAUGUUGAUCAGUGCUAUGGGUUUACCCGCAGGCAAUGGAGAUAUUUGAUGGGUCUUAGUCAGCAUCUUGUGUUACCAGCAAAUGAUUACUGAUCCUGGGCCACCUUGGUAGAGGGCCCUGUGCAGAUGUAUGGCCAUGGCCAUGAUCCCCCCCAGUCACAUUCAUUAUAAUAAAACCACACCCACAAACUAUACAAACCCCACCCACCAUCUUGCAAGCCAUACCCCUCUGCAACCUGUAAAUCAAAUUUUGCAUCUCCUGGGUACCCUCUGCCAUGGGGUCCCUGACAGCAGACCCUGUAUCCCCCUGAUAGUGGCCAUGGGAUACUCAAACCCCCUUAAUAGUGACCAAGGAUAGUAAAAACAUCAAAUAAUCAUUCACCCUAAUUGGCCUUCCAUGUGAAAGUGCUUCCAGCAAUUUCAGGCGGGAUCAGACCUAUAGUAUGGGGGUCGUUUGGGAACCAAAAGAGAAAGGUAAAUAAAAAUGAAAAUCUAUCCUUAGAAUCAACCUGUCUUCUGGUAGGUAGGCUCACUGAUUCUAGCAACCAAAAAGCAUUUUAAAGUGUAGUCUAGAGAGCGGGAAAUGCUUUCAAAAUAACAAAAAAUUAAGCCUAAUUGGAAUUCUUCUGGUUAAAAGUAGGUGAGAAUGAUAAAAUCAUUUAAAAGUCUGAAAUAGUUCUAGUAUGUUCUUUUAAUUUGAUAAAUAUAUGAAUUACUCAAACCUUGUCAGGCCUCAUUAGUCAUUAGCAGCUAUGGGGUCAAUACUUACUGAACUUAGCAUUUAUAUUAUAUGUAGAUCAAGAACUAACCUGAAAGAGCAUAUUGUAAUUAAAAUACUCCUUCUACACGUGAAGACAGACCUUUAUAUUUAUACCCAUAUUCUCAUGUACUCAGAAAUAUAUUUAUAAAACAUUAUUUUUAUAGUCUCUUCCGGAGUAAAAUGAUAUUUAAUCUCCACAGUCGGUUUAUAUCAGUUAUUUUGGACUAAAGAUUUACUUAUCAAAUAUUUGAAAAAAUAAAUUAUAAAUGCUAUAAAGUAUUCUGUAACAGUUGCGUAUAUUUGUGAGGAAAGCUUCAUGCCAUUGUGCAAGAUAUCUGAAUGCCUUGUGUUGGUUGAUAAAUGAAGGGAACGGUCUUCUUUGCUUGUUGUGUUUGUGCAUUGUCCUUUCAAGAGUUGCCUUGGUGCAGCUUACUGUUCUACAUAAUAAAAAGAGUCAAUUAUCUAUGUAUGUAACUUAUAAAGCGGAACCAUAUUUUGCUAAAU